AAUCCCCACACCUGGUGCUCACAAUCCAUCAUCCAUAAAUUUUCGCUUGCGCAUGGCAGCCAUGUCCAGAUACUGCUGGCUCGCGGCCUUUGUGCCCGCCACGGCGAGAUCGAGGCACUGCGGCCUUCGUGGUCCAGAGAUCUGUGAGACGGCGUGGAGUGCGCGACACCGGGAACGUAUUUGGGAGUUCCUGGAGCCUGUGGCACGUUCGGGCCCCAUCACCUAUGAGAGGGUGAAGGAGAUCUCACAGCACUUCACCAAGAUCAAUGGUUGGCCAAUGUACUUUGCAGAAGUGGCCAUUUUGGAUGGACACCUUUACUUGCGCCACAGCAUCCGUUUGGGCGGCUGGCUCUCAGCCACGCUGAAGCUCCUGAAGGCGGCCCUUGAGAGUUUGGGCCCCGAGCACUUUCCAGACGUUUUUUUCGUGCUCUCGGUGCAUGAUGAAGCCUUGCUGGAGAAGAGCCGAUCGAAGCCCUUGCCCUUGCUCUCCGGCCUGACCACCGUGGCACAUUGGGAUAUCCCGGUGCCUGGGCAGACGUGGUUUGAGUCGAGUGGCGGCAUUUCCUCGCAGACGGUUCUGCAAGACUUCGCGCUUUGGGAAUCAGUGGACUUCCAGAGCUCCUUGGAGGCCACCUAUCCCUGGUCCGAGCGCUCCCAGCGCGGCUUCUUCCGCGGCCACGACUGGGGCUCCGGCAACGCCUUCACAGAGUUCCUGGCCUCCAGGCCUCCGGAGAGUUGCAUCCGGAGCUCCGACGUGAGCCGCUCCUUCGGCUACCGGCGCUGGUACGCAGCGCUCGCGGAGGGCGAACUGGCCGAGUGGCUGGACGUGGGGCUCACCGGUGCGCCAGACUUUGUGAAGAAAGAGCAUCCCAAGCAGCGCUACGUGCCACCAGUGUCGCUGCCCGAGCACGCCAAGCACAAGUACUUGCUGCACCUGGACGGCACUGCUGCCAGCAAUCGCUUCUUGAAACUUCUGCUGAUGGGCUCAGUGGUCUUGAAACAAGAUUCCGUCUAUGAGGAGUACUUCUACAAAGAUCUCCAACCCUAUGUCCACUUCGUGCCCUUCGCCCGGGACCGCUGCAGCACUGCGAAUUUGACGGCGACUCUGCAGUGGCUCCGCACGCACGACGCGGACGCACGGGCCAUUGCCCGCGCGGGGCAGCGCGUGGCACGGGAGGAGCUUGGGCGGAGAGGUGCCAUGUGCUACUGGCAGAAGAUGUUGGCCAGUUAUGCGGCCUUACAAGCCUUCGACCCUCGCUUGAUGCUGAACAUCUCUGAGUGGUGGGAAUGGACAUAAAAUUUGUCGGCAAAAUGCGUGUUUGACCAA